CAUUGCAGUCACUUAUAUUUUAUAGCACAAAUCGGACGAAAAAAAUCAAUCCAUAAGCGGCAAUAUACAAUCCUUUGGGACGAUGACUUCAAAGCUGAUCCUUCUUCUAUCGGUAUUUGGCGUGAUUCCAAACGCGAUGAUCCCGAAAAGUCCAGGGAAUAUAGACCUGUGUCCCCGAGGAUCCCGGAAAUCAGAGUCUAGUUCUCGGAUAGCCGACUAUGGAGAUGGAUGGAUUACCUGGAUAGACGACGGCAACUGGACGGAGGUGCUUACUGGCGAGUGGCUCUUGCUGCUCUGCUCGCCACUGCAGCCGAAGUGCAGAGAUAUGGAAGCGGUCUUUUACCAGCUGGCGACCACCUCAAUGGGUUGCCUCGAUGUGGAAUUGGCUUUUGGAGAUCUGUCCAGGAACUUUUGGCUAAGAGGACGAUUUACCGCCAUCACUAAGAUCGCCAUAUAUCACGUGCUGGAUGGGGAAUUUCGGAGAGCGAGCUCCACACAGGACAUCUACUCCCUUCGCAAUCUUUUGCUGCUGCGCGAAUGGUCGGAGUUACCUCGAGUGCCAUUUUGGCUACACCCGACCUCCAUAUGGAGCAGAUUUGUCACAUUUUUUUUGAGAGUGGCUGUGAAUCUAAAACACUCUGAUAUUUUUUGGCGCAACUUUUGGUUGACCACCCUUACCUUGGAAGUAUUGUUCAUCAUCGCAUCACCCUACUUGUUAUGGCGUAUUAUAAGGAAGGAUACGGAUACGGAUACUGAUACGGAUACGGUUACGGAUAUGGAGGAGGAUGAUGUAACUAAUACUGCAUUGCAGCUAGCAUCAACCGAAAGUGAUGCAUUGUCGAUGAAAUCGUAUUCCAAGGAGGAGGAAACCACAUCUCUUGUGGAUGAUGUAACUAAUACUGCAUUGCAGCUAGCAUCAACCGAAAGUGAUGCAUUGUCGAUGAAAUCGUUUUCCAAGGAGGAGGAAACCACAUCUCUUGUAUUUUUAGUUAAAUUUAGGCAAAUGAGAGUAAAAGCACCGAAUUAAAAGAGAAGCACCGAAAAGAAAUCGAUUUGUCUUUGAUUUCAUGGGAAGAUAUCCAGCCUCUUAAUCGGAUCUUUCAACAAAAAAUUCCAACUGACUUUGGAUAAUAUACAUUUUUACCUGA